UUUAGCAUGUAGGCCACUUUGCUUCAUCAAGUCUUUCGACAAAUUUACUGUUUUAUUUUUAUUGUCAUAAUUUUAUUUGUCAGCUGAGAUUUUUUUCAUGCCAGAAAAAAGGGCAAGUUACAGCAAAGUCCCUUAGUGCCUCUGAAUAAAGACGUUACAUCGAAGUUCUUCACACCUAAUAAAUCCAGAAUUGAUUCCUCGCAUUAUAACAAAUUACAACAACACAAACUCAGGUAACGCGCGCAGUACAUAGCCGUGUCCAUAACGAUAAAUAAGUUAUUGUAGGCGGCGCAACCCAAAUUAACAAAUUUGAAACAUCCUUCCCUUUCACGUGUUUCAAAAGUAUACUUUAAUAGCCACAGGAUAAGAAUCAUUUUUCAAGGAUAGGGGAGAUGUAGAUGGGUCUCUUUUAGUAAUAAGGGUGUGAUGGGCGUGCCGGGGCGGCGCGCGCGCCGACGACAGAAGCGUUCAACUCGCGCGCACGGCCGCCUGCGUGCGCGCUCAGAUUAACGCGCAGAAAACUGAUUUAUUGUGUCGCGUUGAAAAAAUAAUCGGUCGAAUGUUGUGAUGGAGGGACAGGAGUGGCGCGUUGAGUGGCAGCAGAGGCAGAUCGACGGUAUAAUUCCAAAUGGGCAGUGUCCUCGCGGGGCGUUCAACUUGCCGCCGCUGGACCGAGCAAGAGAAUUAGAGCCGACUUUGCCGCCACUGCACAAUUCAAUAAGGGAGAACUCAGUAUGUCCGCGGAGCACAUAUUCGCCGCUGCAGGCGCUAAGCGAGAGCACCUGCCGGGACCACGGGGCGCCGGCGCCGCCCCCGCCUCAACCGCCACCACGCCUAUUCGUGGGCGCCGGCGGCGGUACAAGCGCGGCGCUUCACCCAGCAGUAGCGCGAUGUUCGGCGACCCUUGAGUUGUCUGCUCUCUGGCGCAGCUUUCACGAGCUCGGCACCGAGAUGAUAGUCACCAAGGCCGGCCGUCGCAUGUUUCCUGCAUUGCAGGCCAGGCUUUCCGGGCUCCUGCCUAACGCGGACUACCUUCUGCUUGUGGACUUCGUACCGCUCGAUGAUAAGAGAUAUCGAUAUGCGUUUCACAGCUCAAGCUGGGUCGUGGCGGGUAAAGCAGACCCAGUAUCGCCGCCGCGCAUCCACGUGCACCCGGACUCGCCCGCGCCCGGCGCGCACUGGAUGCGACAACUCGUGUCUUUCGACAAGCUGAAACUCACUAACAACCAGCUGGACGACAACGGGCAUAUAAUCCUGAACUCCAUGCACCGCUACCAGCCGCGUCUCCACGUGGUGUACCUGCCGGGUGAGGGGCAGAGCACGCCGGGCACAGUCCCGUACCGGACAUUUGUGUUCCCAGAGACGGGAUUUACCGCCGUCACAGCCUAUCAGAACCAUCGGAUAACACAACUGAAGAUAGCCAGCAACCCGUUCGCCAAAGGAUUCCGGGACUGCGACCCCGACGACUGUCCUCCUGAGCAAAGCCAACCUCGCGGCACCCCGCGUCGCCGAGAGGCAGCCCCAGAGCCCUGCCCGCAGUUAGCGCAGCCGUACGCCGCCGAGGCCAGCGCGUGCGGCCCGCUCUACGCCCACGCGCACCCCGUGCGGUACCAGCCCCACACGGCACACAAUGGCGCUUACAGCGCGUACUACGCGCAUAGGUAACCGCGUAGCGUCUACAUUCGACGCAUUGCAGUACGCUCGUUUUACAUGCAAGACUAGAACAACAUAGAUUCUCAUCUGAAUAGCCGUUUUAACAAGCUGUUUUAGUUUGACGCCUGAAGUUCACUGCAUGUACGACGCUCAUCUAAACUUGGACUUAAGCUUAACCUUAAUCAGAACGACAAAACUACUAAAGUAUGGACGCUAAGUACAAAGAAUUUCGUACAUUGACCCACCUGUUUCUAUCUCUAUCGCAUGCGAAUAAUUAUAUUGCUGUCCCGCUCGCACAUUUGCAUUGACGGCUGGCAUCGUCGGCGGGACGGCAAUAGAGGUAGGAACAGAUGGGUCAAUAUACGAAAUUCUUCGUGUUUAGCGUCUAUACUUCAAAAUGCCCAACAGCUUGUGAGACAUCAUAAGAUUCAUAACCAUAACGGUCCACAAGGUCAACUUUUUACAAAUAGAUCGCUAUUUUACUUGUUCAACAAAUAAAUUGGCACAUGAUGUGCUUAAGUAGGUAUAUAUACCAUGACGACCAUAAGUAGUAGGUACGUAUUGCAGUGGGCUCCUAGUAAAUUAAAUAAGAAAUACUUACUUGUAUGUAGUCGAAGCAAUGGAGUCGGCAACUGUCAAAGGUUUGUACAGAUGGCGCUACCAUAUACUUGUCUCUAGUUUUGUUCUAUGAGAUUUGACUUAAAGGGCUAAAUAAAACAAUAUACAAGAUACAUUUCAAGAGAUCGACAGGUAAACCUAUGCUUAUGGAAGGUGGAGGUAAGGAAUACAAUCUCCACGUACCAAAAAGUGCCCGUCACAAAACCUUAAAUAGGUGGCGCUACAAUACCUAGAAUAUUUGAAGAAAAAAUUUAAUUCAUAGACAGCGCAUAUUUCACUCCGCCAAUAACGCCUAGGUUCUUAGCUACUCUAGCGCUACUCUGGAGAGAUUUGGAACUAUUAUUUAUGCUGACAGCUGGACACUUUUGCAACAGUUCUGGAGAUGGAGGACUAUGGAGAUUGUAUACCUUACCUCCACCUUCCAUACCUAUGCUGGCGCUAUCUGUCAAAUACUUAGACCUGCCAACCCUAUUCUCAACAAGUAGCAAAAUUCGCUCGUGUGGUACAACUACGAGUAUACACAGUAUACACGAUUCCCAGUCGCUUUCACAUAACAAAAAAAAUGCACGUGAAAGUUGAUGCGUAAAUAGGUCAUAAACAUCAGAACCCUUAGCGUAAAUUUAUUUGAUAGCGUGACGUGACGUACGCAUUUGCGUUAAGUCUCAUUUUGUAUGGGAUUUAGAAACAGCGCGCCAAGCGGGACGUUUUGGAAACUCAAAAUCCCAUACAAAAUGAGACUUAACGCAAACGUGUACGUCUCGUUUCGCUAUCGAAUAAAUUUACAUUAGGGGUACAGGUUUACGAUUUUCUUGUAAAAAAUACACAAAGUUGAGGGCUAUCAGCAAUCCUAAUUUUCUGAUUAAGAGGGAAUACAGAAAGA